UCAGAUGGCCACACUAUGGGAAAAUAGUGAAGAAUGAAUUGCUUUCCAUCAGUGUGUACAACUGCAGCAAGAUGUUCAGUAACAGGCUGCUGGGGAAGCUGGUGAUCAGUCUGCAGCAUGUGGUGACAGCAGGGAGGCUGAUCCUGAGGGAGCCUCUCACAGACAACAACCACAGCUUGACUGAUAUAUAUGUGGAGCUAGAUGUGAGGUACCACCCUGUACAAGGUGCAGCUGGCGAUUGGACCAGUGAAGACUUCCUUAAAGUGGAGGAUGGUGAUGAAGCAAGUCUUGUGAUUAGAAACACAGGCUUUCUUGAACCUGGAAACUUGCGGCCGCAACAGCUGGAUCGAGAAGCCAGGACACUUGGCCGCAGUUUGAUAAAGACUGACAAUGGCGAUGGAGAUGAUUAUGAUGAUGACGACGACUAUGAUGAUGAUUAUGAUUUUUCAGACAUGGAUUGUGCCAAUAUGACAUUCACCCCUAUCUUCAGCCGAUGUGCACCUUUACCGAAGCAUGAACUUGCUGUUGCUCCAAAAGUCAAGUCAUUCCAGGUGAAUGUCAACGUGAUAGAGGCUCAGAAGUUGGUAGGUGUAAACAUCAAUCCUGCUGUGUACAUCACUGUAGGAGAUGAGAAGAAGCAUACAGUCACCCAAAAAUCCACCAACUGUCCAUUCUUUAAUGAGAACUUCAUGUUUGAGUUUCAGGAAACCCAAGAUGUGCUUUUCGAUAAAGUUAUCCAGAUUUCUGUUGUUCACAAAAAGAUGCUUGCAUUUUUGAUGACCCACAUUGGAUCCUUCAAGGUAGACAUUAGCACAGUCUACCAGCAGCCAGACCACCGUUUCUACCAGAAAUGGGCUCCACUCACAGACCCUAAGGACACACGCUCAGGGAUAAAGGGCUACGUAAAGUGCACGCUGAGCAUUAUGAUGAAGGGGGACCCUAUGGGAAUCGCCAGCCUGCCUCCCGCCACCAGUCAGAAUGAUGACAUUGAGAAGAACCUAAUGCUUCCUAAGAGGAUGCCGGUGGAACGACCAUGGGCCAAGUUCCUGCUGAAAAUCUACAGAGCUGAAGAUCUACCCAGCAUGAAUGCUGGUUUUCUGGGCAACUUCUCCAAAAUGAUUGGUGAUAAAAAAGUCUUCAUUGACCCUUAUGUGCAGGUCACAUUUGCUGGUCAACAGGGAGAGACAUCAGUGGAGAGCAGCACCAUUUCACCAGUGUGGAACGAGCAGAUCUCCUUUAUCGAGCAGUUUCCUCCCCUUGCUCGACGAAUCAAAAUUAAGAUCCUCGAUGAUGCCAACAUUGGCGAUGUAGCUGUGGCCACACACUUCCUUGACCUCCAGCAAAUCUCAAACCCCAACAGAAAUGGGUUUAAUCCAACUUUUGGGCCAUCAUGGAUUAACCUAUAUGGGUCACCUCAAAACUCCACACUGCGUGACAUCCAUCGUGACCUGAAUGAGGGCCUGAGUGAGGGCAUUUUCUACCGGGGCAGAGUGCUGCUCUCUCUGACAGUGGAGGUUUACUCAUCCCCUGCUGCUGCUGCAGUGGAGAGCAAAGCCAUCGCCAAUGUCAAGAGCACGUUGAGCAAACUUACAUUCAAACGGAAAAGCAAGAAGUCCAAAGAAAAAAAGACAAAAGACAAUGAUGGCGUGCAGGGUCGCAGUGGUCCUUCUGAGGAGUCAGAGGGGGCCACAACUGAGGUUCCAGCAGCUGUCACUGUUGAAGUAGAGGAGAUUCAUCCUCUUCCUGAGAACUUCACAGGGGCAAAAGAGGAAUUCUUGCUAUUUGCAUCAUUCUUUGAGGUGACCAUGAUAGAUCCAUCCAUAGGCUCCAGAUAUGUCACCUUUGAACUAUCUAUAGGAAACUAUGGCAAAACAUCUGAUGUGGUAGUAAAGAGUGAGAAGGGCAAUGAUCAGGAAGAUGUGGCAGAAGAUAGACAGCCUCUGCUAGAGACAGAGGAUGAGCUGGAGAGACAAGAGCUGCCAGUACUGGGCUCUAGGAACCAGUCUGUUACAGUACCCAGAAGAGCACAGCCCACUGAAUAUGAUGGGUCAUUCUGCUGUAUUCCCCUGCUUCGUGAGAAACCCUGUCUCUAUGUGUGGAACUAUUUUGAGGACCACACUUUCCGUUACCACAACUGCAACUGGCUGUCCAAGAUGGCUGACAGACUGGAAUUUGGCCUUGAUGAGGUAGAGAUGCUCUUAAAAAGACCAAGAAGUAAUGCUAAGGAGCGCUUGGUGGAACUCAUGUUGGAGUUUGUUUCCACCUGCAAACAGUAUAGUACAAACUUGGACAGGAAACGGCAGUCUCGACCAAACAACCUGGACAAGUGCCGCACAACCUUCAUCAAGAGAAACAUAAUCAUUCUGGCCAAGCAGGCUCUGAGAGUACAGAGGAGGGUGACACGACGUACAGUCCAAGAGAAGCUGGCUGACGUCAGGCGCAUCCUAAAGAGAAUACACUUCCUGGCUAAAGAGCCCCAGAGCACUCUGCCUGAUGUGUUCCUCUGGAUGAUGACUGGAGGAAGGAGGAUAGCAUAUGCCCGGAUCCCAGCACACUCCAUCCUUUUCUCUCUGGUGGAGGAAGAGAAAGGCAAAAACUGUGGUAAAAUCACGUCCGUUUACAUGAAGACCCCUGGAGGACCACUGGGUGAGAUCUUUGCAAAACUUGAAAUCUACAUGUGGCUUGGUGUCACCAAGUAUUCAAAAAACUGUGUCACAAGCCUGCCUUCUGAAUUCAGGCCCAUAUAUGAGGAAGCAACUUUUGGGACUCCAAUACCCCCAAAUAUGCCCCCUACUAAAUUAGCUGUGGAUGACAGUCGUUAUUUCCAGCUCCGUGCCCACAUUUACCAAGCACGUGGCAUCAUUGCUGCAGAUGAUAAUGGCCUCUCAGAUCCUUUCAUCAAGGUUGUGUUCUCCACUCAGUGUCAAGUUACACAGAUAAUAGAGGGGACACUGUCCCCAACCUGGUGUGAGUUGCUGCUGUAUGAUCAAAUCCUCAUGGAAGGCAGUAAAGAUGACUUCAGGGAUGACCCCCCGGUGGUUAUCAUCAAUAUCUACGACUAUAACAAACUAGGUAGUCCACAGUCCCUAGGUCGAGCGUUUGCUGAACCAGAGCUGAAAUUUGUGGAAGAGCCAUAUAAGAAACCCAUGCUGAAGUUCUUUGAGUUCACAAAAGGGAAAAGCAAAGCUGGAGAGCUACUGGCUGCCUUUGAGUUAAUUGAGCUGGAUUACUCGGGCUUUGGAGCGCCAGUCCUGCCACUGGAUGUGGAGCCCAGAGAGCCAGAGAACAUGGAGUCAGAGAGGUGUUACAUUAUCCCAGAAGGAGUGCGGCCCAUUCUAAGGAAAUUCAGGAUAGAGGUCCUAUAUUGGGGUCUGCGGGACCUGAGACGUGUGAACCUGUUUGAAGUGGAAAAACCUCAGGUUCGGAUGGAAUGUGCAGGGCAGAUGAUUGAGUCAGAAGAAAUUGCAAACUACAAGCAGAACCCAAACUUCACUGAGAUUGUUAAGCAUUUUGAUGUGGAGCUUCCAGAGCUAGUGUACUUACAUCCUCCCCUCACCAUCUUUGUGAUGGAGCAAUGGGCAUUUGGACGGCUGGUACUGGUGGGGACUCAUGUUGUGCAGAGUCUCAUGCACUUUGCACCCAAAGACCUGGAUGACUGGAAGGAGGAGGAUGAGGAGGAGCCUUGUGAGGAGAAAAAACCACCAAAACAGAACACUCCUCUUCAAACAGUUAUGAGCAUGGAUCUGAGAGGACUUCCCCUAAAAGACACAAAAAUUCCCAUUAACCCUAUCAAUCUAAUCACAGCUCCGCUGAAAGCAGUCACUAAGAAGAAGGAAGAACUUGAAGAGGAGGAGCCAGAAAAGGAAGAGCUUGAUUGGUGGUCUAAAUAUUAUGCAUCACUGGAGGAACUUGAAAAGCAGGAGGAAAAGGAUGAUGAGCUGGAUGAUCCACAAGAUGGAGAGGGAGGGAACUUUAACAUAUCAUCUUUAGAAGCAGAGGAGGAUAAUGCUGUGAUUGUUGAGAUAGAGCCACCCAAACCAAAGAGAAAGAAAAUUGCUACCUUAAAGCUGUACAAGUCAGAGCUAGAAAAUGAAUUUGAUCAGUUCAUGGACUGUCUACACACCUUUCCCCUCUACAAAGGCAAGUCUAAUUGUGAUGAUGAUGAUGAGGAUGAAAGUGAAAGGAUCAUGGGAAAAUACAAGGGUUCUUUUCUGAUUUAUCCCAUUGAUGCUGAAGAUGAGGACGUUGACUUCCAGAUCACUAAUGGAAUCCCCAGAAAUUCCCCAAUCAAAAUCCUUGCCCGUGUGUAUGUGGUAAAGGCCACAAAUUUGGCCCCAGCUGAUCCAAAUGGGAAGGCUGACCCAUACGUGGUGGUGAAGGUUGGAGAGCAGCAACUAGACUCUAAGGAGCGCUACAUUCCCAAACAACUGCACCCUGUGUUUGGAGAAGUGUUUGAGCUGACUGUGUCCUUUCCUCUGGAGACGGAGCUUAUACUGACUGUGUUUGAUCAUGACUUGGUGGGAUCUGAUGAUAUGAUUGGAGAAACACACAUUGACCUGGAGAAUCGUUUCUACAGCCACCACCGAGCUACAUGUGGUAUCUCACUGCAUUAUGACAAGGAUGGCUAUAAUCAGUGGCGAGAUGCCAAGAAACCGUGCACCCUCUUGGCUGAACUCUGCCGCAAGAAUGGGAUCCCCUCCCCGGAAUACAGAGAGUCAGCAGUCAAAGUUCUCAACAAAAUAUUCAAAAUCCCCAAUGAGGAUUUUCCAGAAGAGCUGCUGAAGAAGAAUAAGAAGACAGAGGAGGACUAUGAGGAGAUGGACCAGCACAGGGCCCUGAGUGUUCUUCACCGUUGGGCAGAGAUGAGAGAGUUUUGUGUGGGAGCAUGUCCUCUGGUGCCUGAGCAUGUGGAGGUCCGAUCACUACUCAACCCAGACAAACCAGGCCUGCCCCAGGGCUAUGUUCAUAUGUGGAUUGACAUGUUUCCUGUGGAUGUACCUGCUCCUCCACCCAUCAACAUCAAACCCAGACUCCCCAUAAGCUAUGAGCUCCGGGUCAUUAUUUGGAAUACUGAUGAUGUUGUCCUGGAUGAUGUUAACCCCUUUACAGGAGAGCCUUCAAGUGACAUUUAUGUUAAAGGCUGGAUUAAGGGACUGGAGAAUGAAAAGCAAGAGACAGAUGUGCAUUUUAAUUCACUGACAGGAGAAGGCAAUUUCAACUGGCGCUUCAUCUUCUGCUUUGACUACUUACCCACAGAGAAAGAGAUCACAUAUAAAAAGAAAGAGUCCAUCUUUUCUCUAGAAGAGUCAGAGUUUCGGCAGCCUGCUGUGCUGGUGCUCCAGGUCUGGGACUAUGACCGCAUUGGUUCCAAUGACUUCUUGGGUUCCAUUGAACUGCGACUGAGCGACAUGGUCCGUGCAGCUAAAUCCUCCGAGCACUGUACCGUGAAGAUGGCUAAGGACAAGGCCAGCCCACGGUUCUCCAUCUUUCGCAGCAAGAGGAUGAAAGGCUGGUGGCCCCUCAUCAAACUGAAGAGUCAAGAGGACAUAGAGAGGGAGGAGAGAGAAGCUGAACUAGAGAAGAAGAAUAAGAAGAAAAAGAAAAAGAAAAGGAGCAAACGCAGCAAGAUGAAGCCAGAAGAUAUACAGUUUGUGGACAGCAGUGGGAACACCUUCCUCUUAAUGGGCAAAGUUGAGGCUGAAUUCCACUUAGUCACUGCUGAAGAAGCUGAGAAGAACCCUGUGGGCAAAGCACGCAAGGAACCAGAGCCACUAGAUAAGCCAAAUCGCCCCAAGACAUCUUUUAACUGGUUUGUGAACCCAAUGAAGACAUUUGUAUUCUUUAUCUGGAAGAAAUACAAGAAAUAUAUCAUUGCUUUGGUUAUUCUGGCAAUUCUGGCACUGUUCCUUUUCCUGAUCUUGUACACUCUACCCACCCACAUCAGUCAGCUUAUUGUAAGUGGCUAAAGUGUAAGGAAACAUUUAUUAUGACUGAUUUGUAAUAGAGAUGGCAACAGUAAAAACUUAUCUGCUAAUAUUACACUGCUCAAUAUCAUGAUUUUAAGCUAUUCCUUAUAGACUAAAUAAAUGUAUUUAUUCCCUAAUUUCCUUAUUGAUUGUUGAUUUUAAAAAGUAUGAUUUUAAAAUUCUAAUAAAUUUUAAAUGUUUUUUAUUCUCUGGUUAGAAAUAUAUUGAUAUGUUCUGAAAUUAGAGAUUGCUAAAGCACUCCUGCGAUGGUAUUUAGUUUGGAAAAUUGUAAACAGCUUGCACAGUGUGAAAUAUUCAGAUAAACUUGCAGCCCCCACUGAAAUUAAAGUUACACAUUGUUAGAAAUGAAACCAUGUUUGGUGUGGACACGGAGACAAAUAAAAUAUUCACAAUAACAGA